AUGGUAGACAGCGACGAUUCCACCACACGCAGCUUGCUGCAACAUAUCAUCUUCGUGCUGCUUCUCGUGAUCGGCCUCACGCCUUUCCUGCUCAUACUUUGGAACAAGACGGCUAACAGCGGGCGACUACGGGGCUCCUUGUGCUACAAACAUUGUUUUGGUUCUUGCGCACGCCGCGUUUACUACGAUGAAGCUGAUUUGCGAACGCUGAGAGAACUAGAGCAGCCCAUACAACGAGAGAGCGUGGGCAUUAGCGGAGCUUAUCGCUUGUACCAGGCGCGGAAAUCGCGUUUAACGCUGCAUCUGACGUCGUGGCGCGAGGACGUCAAGCGCGGUAGCGGUGACGACGGUUGCUUGCAUCACAAGCUAGCACAGAUCCUAGUGGCGCAGAAUCAGUACCAGCAGAGUCAACAGGCGGCUGCUGAAGCGACCACCGGUAUGGUGCCAGCCAAUCAAGCCAUCUUGACGUCCACCGUGCCAAUCAAUGGCCGCGAAAAUGAGUCCAGCAGCUCGUCAGUGGCGUCAAAUUGGUCGGAUAUGUCCGACGACUCGGACAACGGGUCAGCGUACGAAUUGGUACCGCCAACACCGAAGACCAAGUCGCGAGCUCCACCAGGCCGACGAUAUGGUGUUAUCAUCGAGGGAGAAGAUGAAGUGAAAGAGGACGCAACGCUUUGCGCCCAUGAUAUCGUAUAG